AUGCCAUCAAACCAUUCUUCUGCUUCCGAUGACCAACCCAUAGACAUCGGUGGCAGAACCUACCAGCUCUACUGGUGUCACCAAUGCCAUCGAGCCAUAAGGAUUGCAUCAAAUAACCCACCAAUCAUGUGUCCCAGGUGUUUCCACCGGUUUGUCUAUGAAAUCGAUGUAGCCCAACCAAGGCUCGUGGUUGAAUUCACCGAAUUUAACCCCUCGCCUGAAGCGCGUUUACUCGAAGCACUCUCUCUCAUGCUUUACCCCCAUGUCCCUUUACAAGUUAGUCGAACCCACGAAAGGUUUACCGACGUGGGAAUCCAAACCCCAUGGAGGCGUAGAAGUUCAAACUCUCGGUUCGAUGACAAUGACAUGGAUGGUUGGGGUCUCGAGAGUGGAAUUCUAGCCCGAUCGCGGCCACAGUCACGGUCAUGGAUUGUUUUCACACCACAUAGCCUCCCUAGGGUCCCAAACGGUUCCAACCAUAAUAGUAAUGAACCCCAAGGUGCGGUUCCAAGAGGGGUUGAUCCUCGAAACUAUUACGCUGGAUCCGAACUAAACGAACUAAUCGAGGAACUCACACAAAACGACCAGCCCGGCCCACCACCCGCACCCGAUUCGGCUAUCAACGGAUUACCAAAUGUUAAAAUCACACAAACCCAUCUACUCAAUGACUCCCAAUCUUGUGCAAUUUGCAUGGAGGACUUUAACAUUGGUGGUGAAGCAAAAGAGCUGCCAUGCAACCAUAUUUUCCAUUCAAAUUGUAUAGUACCAUGGCUAAGGCUACAUAACUCAUGUCCGGUGUGCCGAACCCAGCUGCCACUGCCAACGAUCACCACCAGCGACUCGUCUGAUGAUGGGAUGGAUUCCUCGGUUGAUAGUAGAGGUAGGCGGCGACCGCGGUGGUGUCUGAGGUGGAGACGGUCGUCGUUAGUAUGGCCUUCACAACAAGGGUAUCAGCCUCUUGGUUCUCAUGGUGAUAAUAAUGUUACGACUCGUGAUAACUUGAGGAUGAACACGUGUAACAUCCUUUAGCCAUUAACGACAUUGUUAUUUAUGUGAUUGAAUGAUACAAA